CCUGCUGAUCGGCGCCUCUUCGUGCCGCGGCCCGACUCGCCGGCCGGCUGCCCGACCUUCGCGCCGAGGCUCGUGCGCAUCCUGCGUCCCAACCACAAACACCCAGCCGCAACACCCUGCCGCGCCUCGACGCAUGCCAUCGAUACGUCGCUAGAUGCCCUCUGCGCCGGCGACUGAGCCCCGAUUCUCUCUUCUGUCUCGCCUCGGCGCCGAGUUUCAGCACCUCUCGCCCGCACGUCAUCUCUCCGCAGACGCCAGCUCUGCUUCGCUGCUCUUCCUGGCACUUCUCGCCUUUGCGCUGCUCUUCGUUCUGCCCUGCCUCGAUCGCCUGGCCGCGCGCCGCGUACAGCACGACGAGCGCGUCGGCGUGCCUCGUGCUGCUGCCCCUGGUCAGCUGUCGCUGCCUCUCGACGCGCUACCGGCACAGCGCGUCGAGCUGCUCUCGCCCGCGUCCAACGCUACUGCCGUCUGGCCACAGCUGAGGCAGCGCGCCAAGGCGCAACAGACGUCGAGUGAGGGCUGUUGAGCUGUAUGGCGAGCAGCGAGGCGUCGAGCCGAAGCCGCGCCUCUUCCUCGACGCACGCGCAUCUGGGCUCGGCACACAAUGCACUAGGGUUAGUACUUGGCGCUGCUGUCAAGCAUGCAAACGG